CUGAGAGUGGGUGACGAGCCACGAUAGUCGGCUUGAACAUUAGAUUCUUCGAAAAUGCCAGCCGACCAAAUUCAGUACUCUGAAAAGUACUGCGACGAUAAGUAUGAAUACAGGCACGUCAUCUUGCCUCCUGAUGUAGCUAGAUCUGUUCCCAAGUCACAUCUAAUGACUGAGACUGAGUGGCGAAACCUUGGUGUCCAGCAGAGUCCGGGCUGGAGCCACUACAUGAUGCAUAGCCCAGAGCCACAUGUUCUCUUGUUCCGUAGACCAAGACCAGACUUACCUGUUUGCAACAUGAAGCAGAAGCAGCAGUCUCAAAACAUCUGUGUCAAGUAAAAUAAACUGGUUCUGCUACUUUUGAAUUUUUUUUUACUACUUUUGUUCUUUUGUAUUAAUCUUUCUGAAACAUCAACAGUCGAGUUAACCUUUACUUUAGAUACAAAUAGUAUUAAAAUCAAUACGAUACUUUUUAUUACACUUUCAAUUUUAUUGAUACAUUUCAUUUCUCAUUUUAUUAUUUAAUGCACUAAAGAAAUAAAUUUUAAAUUAGAAUCUUGUUUUUAGUAAAGUAUGUAAGAUAAGGUGUAUAAUAAAUU